AUGACAUCCAAUCCCGGUAUAAGCCUCCACGUUACAAUAUACAUUGACCCCUCCAAUGUAGAGAAAUUCUUCGAACUUAUGAAGCCGGUCUACGAUGCUGUUGUUGCUGAACCAGAAUGUCGAUUCUUUGAGAUAUAUCAAGAUCCAAAAGAGCUUGGAACCUUGAGCUGGGUGGAGAACUGGGAUGCGACUCCCGAAUGGCUUGUUCAGACACAACUGCAGAAGGAAUAUUAUAAGCCAUAUUUUGCUGCUACGGAACCAAUGUUUGUCAAACCGCGCGAGUACAAGCUUUACAAAAGACUAGGAAAGCCGUUCUAUACCGCCAAGGAUCAGUAA